UAGUCAACUCUCAUAGUCUGUCACACACUUACCCUCUUGUGGACUGAGCAAGACUGGAGUUCAGGGAAUCCUUACCAGCUCGUACGCCUCAUCAGCCUGUCUGUGCGUCACACUGCGUGUGAGCUCAGCAGGUGUGGGCUUCCCUUCCUGAUUCUCACUUGUGCUGCUCAGCUGAUUGGAGAUAUAGAUCCAGAUGGCUGUCAACACCAGGACUUUUUUCACAACAUCAACACACUUGGCAUGCUUCUUCCUCACCUACCACUGACGACGAUACACCUGGGAAUGCGGUCAACACAGCACACAGCGGAAAAAGAGGAAGGUGGCGACAAGUAGUUGGACAAAAUUCUCUGGAAACCCUGAGGCAGCAUCAUAUUCGCCUUCAGGCAUUUACACAACAACACACACAUAAUAGAGGAUCCCUAUUUGGAACUUGUGGCGGGAGGAUUUCAUAUGCGAGUGUGUUUGUGCCAGUGUGUGAGUAUGCAUGUAACUUCAUCAGGCUGGGAAUAGACCAAGGGACGCUGAAACCUCUUAACCUCCUGGUCUGGCCUGGCACUGAGACAGUGUGUGUGUGUGUGUGUGUGUGUGUGUCAGCUGGUGUGUGCGCUAACAACUGGAGAUAAAAGCACUCAAGGGCACACAUGGUUGUAAACAACAACCGCUGACUCGCUCUGAUUGAAAAGUAUCUUAAUGUUAUUUGUAAACCUCUCUCCACCCUGCCAUGCACCACCGAGAAAUAUUACAGCCAACAGUGAGUGCGCUCAUACAAGCGUGUGUGUCGGGAGUGUGUGCCGCAGAGGGGUGGUGAUUUUCCAGAUUGCCGGAUUGUCUAAUUACCUCUUUGGGUUUGGGAAUCACGCCCGGAAUCUUUAAGCACAAAGGAGGAGAAGAAAGGAAAAGAGAUGAUUUAAGUCUGACAUUUGGCUUGUGACACAAAGAUUACUUGAAGGAGAAGGAGAUUGUCCAGGUCAAAGUUAUGAUGUGGAACUGUGCAAAGAAAGUGAAGGAAAACUGGGCUAUGGCUGAAUUUCCACCUGGAACUAAUUUAACAUAGAAUCUGAAUAGUUUCAAGCGUUUUAGCAUGUGUGCAGAUCUGGAUACUGUAUUGAGAGAUGCUUGUAAUAAUCUGGAUUUACAGUGAAUAUCUAAGGAGGAUCUACAUCUGAGGAUUAUUUAGAUUGAAACUUGGACAUUUUGAUCCUACAUCCUACCAACUUGGACUUACUUUCCCCUGAAUGAGGAUGAGAGGGGACAGGAGGUCCUCUUCCUUUCGUAAGGAGAAACCCGCCGGCCUGUCCCGGGCUCUCAGCUGGCUCAGCGUGUCCACCCUCUCCCGCCAGAGCAGACGCAUCUUUCACAGCCAGAAUGAGCUCCACGCCAUCCACAACCGUCGAACGCACUCAUACUCACACACUCACCUUCACGCCACAGACAGAGAUGAGGACGAUGAUGACAACUGGGUGUACCAGCCUCAACACAAAAUAGCGGUGUCUAACCUAGAUGAGGAGAGCAAGUGGACGGUUCAUUACACAGCUCCCUGGCACCAGCAGGAGAACGUCUUCCUACCGGGCAGCAGGCCACCCUGCGUAGAAGACCUCCACCGUCAGGCCAAAGUCAACCUCAAGACCGCCCUGCGAGAAUGUGACAAGUUGAGGAAAGAUGGUUUCCGGAGCUCUCAGUACUACUCUCAGGGUCCCAUCUUCUCAGACCCCUCACAGUCCACCAGCAGCCUGCAGGACGAUGAGGAUGAUGACCACGAUAAGAAGUCCACAGCUUCAUCAGCAGAGGACAACAAAUCUCAGCUGUCCAUGAGGCCCCAGACCCCGCAGGGUGAAGGAGGCGAGGUUUCUGAGGUUGACGGACAGGUGGUAUGGAACAAGGCUGCACCCCUCCCCACCCCAGAGGAGAAGAUGAGGCAGACGGCCAAGGCCGUGCCCACAGACAUAGUUGCCAUCAAUGUCACAGGGGCAGUGUUUGACCGACAAGCGAGCAUCCGGCGCUCCCUCAUUAACACUGACACCGUGUCCCGUCGGCCCAAGAAGGUCAAACGCAGAAAGACUAUAUCAGGGCUGCCUGACAACAUCAACCAGGAGCUAGCAGCAAAAGGACACGGCGGAGAGCUCCGGCCGCAUUCCAUGUUCAUACCGGGACAGUACUCCACUUUGGGCAGAGUUGGGAGUGUCAACUCAACGCUCCGACGUUCACAGACCAGAGACUCAGGCUGCCAGACAGAAGAAGUGAAGGUUGUACCGCCGUCCAUGAGAAGAAUUCGGGCUCAGAGAGGACAGGGAAUCGCUGCACAAAUGGCCGGCAUUUCCGCUUCCUCCUCGACAGGAAGUAUAUCUAUCUCAAGUAGUGACAGCUCUGGGAUCUUGAUGCUGCCACAUCACUUUAACGGAGACCCUUCCCGUUUUCACAGUCUGCCCCGACAGGGCGCCAGAGUGUCCCUCAGUGCUGACCCCAUCUAUAGCAGCACCCCCAUCAAGUCAGAGCAGCAAACUACCCCUCAGAGGCAGAUUGGAAAGCUUCAGGUUGACAACACAGUGGUGCACAUGAGAAAUGCCCCAAGGACAGGCACCCUGCCCAGGCCCAAGUCUCAGGAGUUGAGGGGAACACAGGCCAGUGAUUGGGGUGGCGGUCCAGCAUGUGUGGUCUCCCCACAUGCUGCUUAUUCCACCUCACUCAUCCCUAAUGCGACCCUAUCUAGCUCCUCUGAGGUCAUUACCCUCAACACCUCCGGUCAGCUCUCCCACUCCCCAGGCUCAGCUUACCCCACAGCUCGGCCACUCAGUCUGGCUUCCUCCACCAACACGGACCCCCUGAUCUCCAGUCCAAUAGCCUUUACCCACAGCUCCACCUGCCCAGCCUUGGCCACUUCUACCCCAACUCAUACACCACAGGAUGGUGGUCUGGUAGUCGCAGCACCGGCUAGUGAAUCAGGGCACUCGGACAGCAGUGUACAUAGCCACAGCACCUUGGCCCCUACACCCCCAUCCUGUCUGCCAGAGGAGCAGUGGAUCUACGACACACCAGAAAACGUGGUGGUCCCACACCGCACUCUGACCUCCAGCUGCUCUACUCCUAUAAACCAGCUGUAUAGCAGUCUGGACCUCUCCUCCAGGACCACUACUGACUCCAGCUCUGUCUAUUCCCAAGACAAUGAUGGAUACUACACCUCCAUGCACAUGGACUCAGGCCUGCGUUCUCGCAACCAUGGCAGUGGGCAUGGCGCAGCAGCUGGGCGGGCCACCAGGCACAGCAUGUACGAGUGCCGUGAGAUGGCCAAUCAGGAAGACUCUGGAAGCUUGUACAGUGAUCGCUCCCUGUCCCGCAGCAUCUCCCUCCGCAAGUCCAAGAAGCCCCCGCUGCCCCCAGCUCGUACAGACUCUCUUAGACGCAAACCUGGUGCGAAAAAGCCCCUCGGAGGCGUUAGCGCCAUCAGCGGCGGUAACGAGCCAAACGGAGCCAUGCUCAAUGAGACUCUAAUUGCCAGCUUGCAGCAGAGUCUACAGAUUGGGCUGAGAGGAGGGAAAGAAAAAGGGGCUUCACCUUCUUCACCCUCUCACAGCCCAAGCAGCGACUACGAUGACCCUUGGCUGCUACGGCCACGCAGUCAGAGUAGCAUCAGUGCAGGUAGCUCUGCAGCAUCACUAGGAGCUAACGCCAACUGUGGCGGCGUGUCUAACGUAUACUCGCUAUGCCAUGUGACGCCUGCUCAGAGUGAGACCAGCAGCUUGCGCUCAGACUAUGAAUCCUGGGGCUACUACAUGGACUUCCCUCGUAACCAUGGGGACCAGAGGGCACAGACCCCUCCGGCCCACACCACAGAUAACAUGUCGGCUGGGGCUAACCCAGGAGGAUUACAGAAUGGAGGUGAGAUUCACAACAACAUCCAGGCUCCCCGAGCCCCAGGCCAGGAGGGAGGGGUGGCUGUGAAACCUAAAAUGUCCACCUCCUCACCAGACAGGGUGCACAGACUGACCUCCCCAUCUAGCGGCUACUCUAGCCAGUCCAACACCCCCACAGCUGGAACCCCAGUGCCCUCGUUCGUCAGGUCCAUGUCUCCCUCAGGCAGCCGGCCCAAGCCCAAAGUGCCCGAGAGGAAGUCAUCUCUGCUCUCCUCUGUAUCCAUGUCCUCCUCUUCCACCUCCCUUUCCUCUACCACCUCUGACUCACUUAAAAGCUCCGGACCUCCUCCACCACCACCUCCACCCUUGCCCCUCUCCUCUUCCUCAGCUCCCAACACCCCUCUCAGCCCACCUCCGCCCUUCCCUCCUCCUCUACCGCCAAAUUUCAGUGCAGCCACAUCUCCGCCAGCUCCUCUGUUACCAACCACUCCUCAGGGCCCACCCCCUGCUUGCUCCACCUCCCCAGAGUUCCCUCCUCCUCCAUCCCCUGAAAUGCUAAUUCACCCCAGUUCAUCCUUCAACGGGAGUUUUAGUCCUCCCCCUCCACCUCCGCCUCCUGUCCCCUCCAUGGGGCCCCCUCCACCUCCUCCACUGCCUGCUUUUGUCCUACCUUCCUCCUCCCUAUCUUUUGUGAAGGCAGUGAAGGAUGCUCCUAAACCAACUGUUUCCGACAGCCUUACAAAGUCAUCUAAGCCCCUGAUCACCCCGUUUGCACUGCAGAGUGUUCAGCUCCGCUCUGUUAAACGGCAAGAAAAGGAGAUUAACGGAAAAUCAGACUACACCAGUGCUCAGGAAACAGGUGUGGAUCUCCUUCAGGGUCUAAAGCCCCAGACCCUGGAGAAGUCUUAUUCCCUGGAGCUUCCCACUGUUUUACCCCUGUCAAACUGCUCCCCAGAAGAUUCAAGGAACUCCUCACCAUCACCGGUGUCAAAACUCUUAGAGGAGUUGUCUUUAGACUGCAGUUUCACAGAUUACACACCAGAUAGUGCUGUCAUAAAUGGACAAGGUGAGGAUCAGAGUUACUUUCUCUUAAACGGAAAAGAAAAAGUCGAAUGGCAGUCCAGUCCCCCACGGAGCUCCCAAAGCUCUCCUGUCAAACCGAAACCCCCAGCCAUAUCCAAGAAACCCAAAUUCUCUUUUCUCCCACCAUUUGUCCCACAAGCAGAACAGGUUCCAUCUCAGCAUGAGUAUACAGGCAGCCUGUCACAAACAGAAGACCAAGUAGAUGCGCCACAAAGACAAAAGGAAGAGAAAGAAAGUAAAAGUGAGCAACAAGAGGAAGAGGAAACUUCAGAAAGCUCUGGGGCUCUCGUAGAGAGCAGUGAAACAUCCACAAUAAGCCAGGACGAAUCCCAUAUUUCUACUUCUGCCAGCCAGGACACAAGUUUUGACCAUGGACUGUGUACCUUUGGAGAGGCUCAUGAAGAGGAAGAGGAGGAGGGAGAUGGAACAAGUAGCACAACUGGAUCCAUCAGCUCCAAGGAGGAUGACACUGGUGAGGUGUUCGACUCCAGCACGGCUGAAUCGUCUCCGGCCCCGUCGGCCAACGAGGAGAACAUGGUGACCCCGACUCCCUCUCGGGCUCGAACCACUGAGGACCUCUUUGCCGCCAUUCACAGAGGGGGCAUGCAGUGGGUGGGUGCAUCCUUUCUAGAGAGGUCAAAGCGCAAGGUCCUGGGUCGCAGGGAGUCUGACGAUGACAAGUCCCGGGCUGGCAGCCACCCACAGUCUCCGCCCGUCACCCCAACAGCCGUAUCGCCAGGGACAGUGUCCUCCUUACCCCGCCAGAGUGGCUCCAUCCAGCGCAACCUACGCAAGUCCUCCACCAGCAGCGACACCUUCAAGGCCCUGCUCCUGAAGAAGGGCAGCCGUUCAGAGACCAGCUUCAGGAUGUCUGCCACCGAGAUGCUUCGCUCCACGGACCCUCGCUUCCAGAGAACACGCUCUGAGUCAGAGUUGGACACCCCUGCUGCUUCCCCAUCCUCACCCACAGCACCACACAGCCCCAUAACCUCCCCGGGCCGUGGUAAGAGGGCAACAGAUGAGUGGAACCGCUAUGAGACAUUUUCUCUGUCCUCACCAACUUCAUCGUCCUUUUCAAUGAGUGGGUUAAAGUAUGGGCGCUCACGCACGCCGCCCUCUGCUGCCAGCAGCAAGUACAACGCACGCAGUCGAAUCCUCAGCAGUCCAAUGACAGUAAUCUGUGAGCGUGAGGGGGAGCUGGCUGAGAGUGAGUAUGGAGACACUUCAGAAAGUCUGUCUGGGCCAGCGAUCCAGACUCUCCCGGGGCUCAAAGACUCCAAUGGCACUUUAUCUGAAGAGAGCAGAAGUUAAAGAGCAAGGCAGCCCCUUAGAUACAGGGAGCUGAACUCACUCAUCAUAAACAGCUAGGGGGGCAGGAAGAGGAGCCAAUAGAAGGCCCUCUAGAGACACCUUCCUAAGCCCCACCCCCUCAGCAUUGCCUCUGAGGGAGUGGACAUGGUCGGGUCCUGAUGUGAGAUCAGAGGUCGCCCCAUCAUGGACCGGGCUGAACUUAGCCUGAAGUGGAGAACUGGUUCUGCUGCAGCUUUUCAAGAUCUCAUGAUUCUCACUCUUUCCUUCGUUUGGUGAUUCACCCUUUAUGUUAAAAGAAUAGUGUUUCUUUUAUGCCUGGUGUUCUUAGUUUGUUUUCCAUUUGUUUUGCUGGUUUUUUUUUUUUUUACUUUAUCUUGUCCUUAACACGCAGGAACCCUUUAGUUUCUUUGAAUGACAAGGUUAAGAUGGCAAACUAAGGUGAAUUGAAGGAAUUGAAAAGUCACAAGUUGUUUGCUUACCUUUGCUGCUGUGGUGCUAUGUAGCUAGGCAGUUGGAGUGGAACGUAAAAGGCGCGUUGAAUGCUCGCCUUGUAAUUCUUCUCAGCUUCUGCGUCUCUACUGUUGGCUCUGGAAAGUGUUUGAGAGUACCAAUGGGUCGCAAGUGUUGGCUUCAAACAGCCCACAUUGUGGAAAGAACUCGAGGACAGCUCCACGGUACAACUUCAGCUACGGUUAUCGACAGGUUUUGCUUUCUGCUCUUAGGUCAGCGGCUUAGUUUGCAGAGCUGGUGUGUUCAGUGGGCCAGAGGAAGUGCAGAGGGCUCAGUGCUGCCACCUAGUGAUGGACAGGAAGUGAACAACAGUUGGGUGCUCAACCAAAACUGCAAAUUUACUUUAUUAAAAAGGCUCAUAAAACCUCUUUUAGUGAAUUUUAGUUUGGAGAUUUUGCACUGUGCAUAGUUGUUUUUCUUUGUUUGUGACUUAAAAAGUAUGUUUUAAAGAUUGUUUUAAUAAACAACUGAUGUCAUGACUUGUGUUUGGGAGUUAAGUAUGAAUCUAUAGAUGUAAAGCCAGAAAUGACAUUAGAAGAAAACAUAAUUUUACUGACUGGGUCUUUUUAGUGAUCAUGUUGGUUACCAAAGAGCUGAUAAAUGAAUCUGGACGUGAACACAAUCUGAGAGUGUGAGCGCUUGUCUGACACCCAUGCAUUUGGUCCAGCUGUCGCUAAUUUUGCUGAGACCUACUAGAACCUAUUAGGGCUUAAAUGAUUUCUAUAAUGCUGUUGACCCUUCUGCUAAGUUUUUCCUUCUGCAGUUAUAUAUGGUUGUGUAUGUAAAUACAUAGAGAAAGGAGUUUUAAAUCACAUUUUGACUUAUUUUCAAAGACUUUGUACAUUUUUAGAGCCCUGUGUUUGCUGGAAGGGAGUGGUUUCCUUUUUUUUUUGUAGAGUAUUUAUUUUCACAUAGCAGGGCUGCAGUAUCUUGUCACGAUCAGAGUCAACCGGCAAGGUGAUGGAGGCACAGGGAAAGGUUAGUCCAAAGGCCACAUUUACUACGCUGAUCCCAUUUAUUUCUUUUAAAAAGGUGCUUCAAAGUUAGAAAAAUGCAAUAAUGUCAAUGUUUAUGCUUAAGCCUUCUACUGCCCUUAAUCUUGAGUCAUGCAAAUCUAACGCUGGUGCUCACAGCUGAGUAAAUGUGGUCUCUUUAGAGUCAUAAACUGAGGUGACAGGCGUGAGACUUCAUAACCUCCUAACAGCCAUAACACCCUGUGGUUUAAUCACCUGUGACCAAAGUGUGUCUCCCAGCUCCCGCCCGGUCAUGAUUGAGCACUUGGGGCCCCGACUUGUCUCGUGACAGGAAACUUCUCAAUUGCAGAGAGCUCGUGAAAAGACGGGAGGACAGACGAAGUCGUGAAGUAGUGGGAGUGGAGCUGAAGGCAGGCUGCUAACGCUCUUGUGUAUGUCUGUGUAAUAAAAAACAAGGUGAUA